CCGGCCGCCGCCGCCAGGUUGUGCCUGAGACUGUCAGAUACAGCGGCGGGCCGGCGGGAGGGGCGGCGGCGAGCACGGCCCGGGCCGGACAUGGCGGCGCUGUACGCCUGCACCAAGUGCCACCAGCGCUUCCCCUUCGAGGCGCUGUCUCAGGGGCAGCAGCUGUGCAAGGAGUGCCGGAUUGCCCACCCUGUUGUGAAGUGCACCUAUUGCAGGACCGAGUACCAGCAGGAGAGUAAAACUAAUACAAUAUGCAAGAAGUGUGCCCAGAAUGUACAGUUAUAUGGAACGCCUAAGCCUUGUCAGUAUUGCAACAUAAUUGCUGCAUUUAUUGGGAAUAAAUGCCAGCGCUGCACAAAUUCAGAGAAGAAGUAUGGACCCCCAUACUCCUGUGAGCAGUGCAAGCAGCAGUGCGCAUUUGACAGGAAGGACGACCGGAAGAAGGUGGAUGGGAAGCUGCUGUGCUGGCUGUGCACACUGUCGUACAAGCGUGUCCUUCAGAAGACCAAAGAGCAGAGGAAGCACCUGAGCAGCUCUUCUCGAGGCAGCCAUCAGGAGAAGGAGCGGUCCAGCCGCCUGAGUGGGGGCAGCCAUUACAACAGCCAGAAAACACUUUCUACAUCUUCAAUUCAAAAUGAAAUCCCAAAGAAAAAAUCCAAGUUUGAGUCAAUCACAACUAACGGAGACAGCUUUUCCCCAGACCUGGCUCUGGAUUCUCCAGGCACUGACCACUUUGUCAUCAUUGCUCAGCUGAAGGAAGAGGUGGCCACUCUGAAGAAGAUGUUGCAUCAGAAGGAUCAAAUGAUCUUAGAGAAAGAAAAGAAGAUCACGGAGCUGAAGGCUGAUUUUCAGUACCAGGAGUCUCAGACUCGGGCCAAAAUGAACCAAAUGGAGAAAACCCACAAGGAGGUGACAGAGCAACUGCAGGCCAAAAACCGAGAGCUUCUGAAACAGGCAGCUGCCUUGUCUAAGAGCAAGAAAUCUGAGAAGUCAGGCACCAUAACGUCUCCGUGAAGACCUCCGUGAAGGCUCCCAGCAACAACAGCCAACGUUCCCGGGUCAGGGUUGGUGACCUGGCUGGUCUCUGGGAAGUGCGCUUUCCUACAGAAUCUCUUAUUUUCUUACCUUACCCCUCUUUGUUCGGAUGUAGUGGGCUGCAAGGGAACACCUGGUCUGUGCCCUGUUAUGGCUGCAUGCUGAGCGCUUAGGGUCCCAGAUUUCCUUCUUUCCUCCUCCCGCGCCGCCCCUCCCCACCCCGUGCUUCUCUCUCUCUCUCUCUCUCUCUCUCUCUCUCUCUCUCUCUCUCUCUCUCUCUCUGUUUUAGUACUCUGUUUUCCAUAGUGGUCACUGCUCAGUGUCAUGUGCAGAGUGUCUGUCCACCAUCCCACCUGCCAUCCCCAUGAGCAAGCAGUCUGACGUCAGCUGUACAUCACUGCCGCCCCCAACCUCAAAAACUGCCACCUGGAGACUCUGUGCAGUGAGGGAGGCUUUUUCUCACCAAUAAACCUUUUGCUUCAGGGUAUACUCUUGGGUUUUUUCCAGGUAUAUUAUGUAUGACCUUUGUACUAUGUAUAGACAGAGUUUUAUUUAUUUUUUAAAAAGGAAACCUUUUCUUGAUAAAGGAAUGAUGGCAGCCUGCUAGUUCUUGUAAAAGUGAUGCCUCUUUAAAAAAAGAAAAAAAAAAAAUCCAGUCCCGUUUCCUAGCUUUAGUAAAAGAAGGCAAUCUUUUCUUUCUUAUUACCUUAGAGUCUUGAUGCUGAGGUAAUGUUAGAGGCGUACGUGUGGAGCUAAGUGCCUUUUGGAGGACCCCAUGGAAGAGCGCUUGAGGAGAUGCUUAAGGAAGGUUGCUAAGUUUGACCAGUCUGUCUUUAAGUAGGGCAGAAAGACGGUUGUCCAGGUUGUACUGGACACUUCCUCCUCUACCCACCCCUCCUCCUCCUUCUACAUAAUUUUAAAUUCCCACACUGCCACUUCUUUUUUAAAAAUAUUCCUGUUUCUUGCUACAUCAGCUGUCGUACCAGGUUGUUAUCACAACCUGGGUCUUUGGUUUUGUUUUUUAACUUGAGCAGAUUCAAGCGGGAUAAGAUGUGCACUACUGUGCGUUUCCGAGGGCCGGCAUGGGUUGCUUGGGUGCAGGCUGUGGGGAGAACCUCAUUGUACCUCCCUUUCUCUCACCUCAUCCUGCGUGCUCCCUGUUCUUAGUGGAAUGUUCAGAAAGCACGCACUUGUGGGAGCAGAAGGCUGUGCCCUUGUCCCUGUCUGACUCGGUAGUUGUGGGAAGGAGCCGAGCCCUCCAUCUUUGUUAAAGAACUAGAGAUGGGGAGUAUGUGCUGGGACACAGAGCAAACCCUGCAGAGCUAGAGCGGAUCCUGAAGGCAGUGACAUUGGGACAGACAGGGUCACUGUUCACCUGCUCUGUAGUCUGAGAUUAUACUCUCCAAAGAGUCACAUGCACACAGGUGAGCAGCGGUCCUCGUACGAGUGGCUCUUCCUGACAGGAGAUUGUGUAUCACUGUGGUCGGGAGUGCAAUUUUCCCUUCUAAGCAGGGAAAACUGCCGUGCUAAAUCAUUUUGUAACUUUCCAAAUGAGAAACUUCUAGGUAAAGAUAAACUAUCAUUCAAUAUUUUUCAGAUGCAUUUGCAUUGGCUGUGGGGAAAAGAUGGUAGAAAAAGAAUAACAGUCAUGGUUUCUUCAACAAAAAGUAAGACUGAGAAAUUGUUGGUGUGGUGUGACAAUAUACAAAGGCUUACUUAGUUUUAUACUAAACCUUUUUUAAGGUCUUAGCAUUUAAUAUUCAGCAAAUCCACACAUUUUCUAAACUACCAUGAGCUCCUGAAAGAUAGAGGGACCUCAGUCCUGAAAUGUUGAUUUUUUUUUUUAAAUCAUGACAGCAUUUUACCAUGUAAUUGAGUAACUUUUGGUAACACCUUCUGUUUCUUUGUAUGUUUGUAAUAAUGGACAUUUUAAAACAUAGGAAUGUUUGGUUUGUACAGACUUUGACAAAUGUGUGUUAAUAAAAAUUCAUACUG